UGCAUCAUUAAUUAUAUCUCAGACUAUGACUUUUAGCAACCAACAAAAUUAUCGCGCAAUCAUUUUAUGGAGUUGACGGUUGUUAAUUUUUUUAUUUCUUACACAGUCUUGUUCACAAAAGUUACAUACAUUUUAGAAGGUUCGAAAGAAUGUUCAUACAAUUGCACGUCAAGUCCCCGAAAGUUAAAACAACGGGCCGUCAAAUCCCUACUUGCUUUCAACAAUAGGUUUAUUAAUGGAAAUUUCUAUGGAAAAUAUUUCCAUAGAAAUUCGGCUUAAAUGCAAUUGACUCGUCUGUAAUGUAGAACGGUGAGGGUAAAGUAUGUUUAGAGGAUAAAAUUUGUUUAAGUUCCAAGUGAAGAAACGAAAUGAAAAAGAGAAAGAACGAAAACAUAGUAAAAAAUGUUGGAGAAAACAUUGGUAUGGAGGUUUCUGACGACGCACAUCAUAAAAGUGACUCGUCCGUAAAUAUGCUAACACUGGGAUUACUUCUCUUUACCAUCUUGAUUGCAGUAUAUGUAAACAUGGAGAAAGUAAACCCACAAACGGAUGUGAUAACAACAAAAAACAGAAGCGAAGCAAUACAGAAAAAUUAUACAGAAGAAAAAUUGAUUGUACCCUUACCAACUACGACAAAAGUAAAAAAUGAAACUGCAAAAAAGAAAAAGAAGAAAGACACUAUCACAAACUCUUACGAUAAAAAUAUAAUUUCCAAAUUAAGUGAAGGAGACAAGCUUUAUGAGCAAAAGAAAUAUCCAAAAUGCAUUUCGUACUUUGAAAAAUUGCAUAACAAGUAUAGUCUCAGCCCGCGUGCAAUCUACAGUAAGGCUUUAUGCUUGGAGAAAUUAUCAGAAAUACAGAGAAGCAACGAAAUGCUGUUAAAGGCUGUUCUUGCAUACGGCGAAGUUGCUAAGCAACCGAAAAUCACAUCGAAGUUACUGAAACUCAGUUUGAUCACUCAAGCCAAAAAAUAUAUAUUUCUUGGGCAGUCGAGAAAAGCUAUAGCCUCGUUAUCAGAUUUGAAUCAACGCUUACCAAACGAGACAGAUGUGAUGAACGAGCUAGGAAUAGCACAUAUGAUAGCUGGAGCAAACAAACAGGCGUAUCCUAUGUUUCAAAAGGUGUUAAACCUCGAUCCAACAAAUGGCGUAGCCAACUCUCAUGUUGGCUUCAUUUUGAAAAUGGAUUCGAAAUACAAAGAAUGUAUCCCGUACUUAUUGGCUGGUGUGCGGAGUGGAGCAAUUGGCGCAGACGAUUCGAAAUUUUAUUUUCAUUUGGGUGAUGCGUACAAUCGGUUACACCAAAAUACUAAGGCAUGGGAAAUAUAUCAGGAAGCUGCUGCAAAGAAAAUCUUUCCUUCUGCUGAACAGCGUUCCAUAUAUAAUGCGCAAACGAAACUGCGCGCUCAACCAUGGUGGACGAAAGAAGAAACUGGUUAUGAAAAACACUUCAGGCUGUUGGAGCGCCAUUGGGCAACAAUACGUGACGAAGGGUUAAGUCUAUUAAACAAAGAGAAAACAGCGUUUCAAUUAGAAACAGAAAAACUCACAGAGAAGGGGGAUUGGAGACAGUUUGAUCUAUACAAUCAGGGCCGAAAGGAAACCAAAAAUUGUGCUAAAACGCCAAGAACAUGUGAGUUGUUGAUGAAAAUGGCGGAUGCAACUUCUAACCAAAGAGGGCAGAUCAAAUUCUCCAUUAUGCAACCUGGCACACACGUUUGGCCACACACAGGACCAACGAAUUGCCGAUUAAGGUCACAUCUCGGUUUAGUCGUACCAAAAAAUGUUUACAUCCGAGCUGGUAAUGAGACAAGAACGUGGCAAAAUGGGAAAGUUAUUGUUUUUGACGAUUCUUUUGACCAUGAAGUGUGGCACAAUGGAACACAGGCUAGAAUGAUUUUAAUUAUUGAUUUUUGGCAUCCGGAUGUACCUCAAUGGGAGAAAAAAACAUUACGUCCAAUUUGAAAGGCAUUAAUGGGAUCCUUCUAAAUUAAAAAGAUGCAACACCAGUAUUUUUAGUAAUAGUCAACCAAAUUAAAAACGACAUCUACACCAAGCAAAUUAAAUUACCAACCAGUCUUAAUAAUUGGUAAAGGCUAUAUCCUUAAAAGUUAGCAAAGAUGUUCUGGAACUGAAUUUAUUCUGUUUUUAGAAUAACAAAGUAAAUAUAUUUUAAUUUUAAAACGGU